AUGGAAUUCAAGAAGGUAAGGAGCCACAACUUUGACUUUGCUCCUGGCGACAUUGUCCGCACCGCCGUGCAAAAUGGAGACUAUCAACUGGUUCAGUAUGUCCAUGUUCAUUGUGCCCAGCUUGGCGAGCCAUUCACUGUUAGACCAAAUUUAAUUCCCCUUGCACUAAAGCUUGGCCAUUUGGAGAUUGUCUCGUUCCUGUUGGAUCACCACGACGACUACCAGAAGAUGGAGAUCGAAAAGAUUGCUCCAUCGAUACAAUCGAGGGAACUCAUCCAACGCCUGAUCUCCCAUCCAUACAUCAGAUUCGAUGCCACUAGAUCACGCGAAUGUCUAAUUCUAGCUGGAAACUUUGAGUUGUUUCAAUUCUUGGACGAUAAUUUACAACAACAUCAGCAACUAUACAAUUUCAGAUAUGAGGAUAUACUUAAUUGCAUUGGCAACUCUUCCUCAUUUCUCCAACCACCACUGCAUCGCUGGUUCGCUCCUUUCUUCUGA